AUGAGGGGCAGCCCUGCCAGCCCACCGGGCAAGCUGAGUUAUUUUGGUACAUUAGAUAUUGCUGUGCUGGGAGUGAGCAAUUCCCGUGUUCUCCUUUUGCAGAUCAACAGGCUGGUGAUGGAUGACAGUGAUUUGUACCGGUGCUGUGCUGUCAAUGAGUACGGGGAAGCUUCCUGCUCCGUGGGCCUCAGGAUCAUCCAAGUUGGCUUUAAGAGGAAAGCAAAAUAUGUUCCUGUUCAUGCUGCUGAUGAGCUGAAGAAGACACUCCAGGACUCCAAGAAGCUGCUGAGGAAGAGGGUUGUAGCACCAAAACCCAAACCCCUGGACAAAGAGGCCGUGUGGCAGCUGCUGCUCCACGCAGACAGGAGAGACUACGAGAAAAUCUGCAUUAAAUAUGGAAUUGCCGACUUCCGUGGGAUGCUGAGGAAGCUGCAGGAGCUGAGGAAGGACACAGAGAGUGAACAAGAUGAGUUAAUUCACAGUAUCAAAAACUUGGAACACAUCAAAGUCAACAAGGAGGGAAACGCCACGUUCAGCCUGGAGAUGGAGCUGAAAAACAAAAACAGCAACGUGUAUCUGCUCAAGGUGAGGGGCAGGGGCAGCAGCUCGGGGCAGGCUCCAAUCAAACAAUGCAACUUCAACGCAGAUGCCAAAGGGAGGAAGAGACAGGAUGAGGAAGGAAUUGAAAAAAUCGAAAGGGAGACAUCUGAGUGGCUGAAGGAAACGAUGGCAGACAAUGAAAGGGCGAGGAAACUUCGGCGCCAGGAACGUGCCGGGGAUGAAGGUCAUGCCAUGGACACCGGAGUGGAAAAAAAGGGCUGGUACAGGAAGGGUCAAGGCAGCAGCCAGGACAGAGGCCAAGGCAGUGGCCAAGGCAGCAGCCAAGGCCACUCCAUGGAUACUGAUGAUGGAAGCCACAUAUUUUUGGGAAAAGAGGGGCUCCGCAAAACCCACAUAAAUGGAGGGAUGGGGCCUGGGCAGUUUUCUGGAGCAGAUCUAGAUGGAGACUCAGUGACAAAUGAUGGCAGCAUCUUUGGAUUAAAAGGCUUAGGAGGCAAAGGUGGAUUAAGGCCUGUGGACGGCAAGGACUCUGUGCCAGGCAGGGAAGGUCCUGGGGAUGGAGCAGGAGGAGCAGGGGGACAGGAUUCUGUAGCUGGCAGAGGAGAGGGUGUGCUGGGUGCUGGUCACAUGGACAUGGAUGGUGGAGAAGGUUUGGGCUCUCAGUAUGACAAGGAUGGGAAUUUAGGUGAUCCCAGCUCCAGAGCUGGCUUUGGGGGUGUUGGGAGGUUUGGUGCCACUGAUAGAAGUUCUGUGCCAGAUGGGCUCAGUCCUGGUUCAGCCAGAGUGGGAGAUGGUGUGGGGGAUCUGUUCAGCAGGGCUGGCCCAGGGGCUGCAGGGUGGGGGAGUGCUGCAGAGGCUGCAAGAGGAAUGGGGUCCCACCAUGGCAAGGGUGGUGAUCUGACUGUGGGUGACAUGAACGGAGCAGGGAUAAACAGACAGGGACAAACAGGGGCUCCCUAUGGCAAGGAUGGCCUGGCACCUCAUGCCAGUGCUCAGUUGGGUCAGGGGGGCAGGUCUGGCUCGGUGUAUGGCCCAGGUGGCCUUCCAAGUGGAGAUGGGGCUCUACCUGGUGCAGGUGGCAGUUCUGUAGGAGAAAUGGAGGCUUUCUAUGGUCCAGAUGGUCGGCCACUUGGAGCAGGGGCUGGUGGUGCUGGUGGUUCAGGUGCAGGGGGAUUUGGGGCUCCCUAUGGGAAGGAUGGUGUCCCAGCUGGGGCUGGUGUUGGUGUUGCUGGUGGUGCAGGAGUUGUGCCUCCCUAUGGAAUGGAUGGUCUCCCAGCUGGGGCUGUGGCAGGAGCUGCUCCUUUUCCCUUUGGAGGUGAGGGAGUGAUGGGAUCUCAGCGUGGCAGGGACGGUGGGCUGGGCAGAGCUCCGGGAUAUCCAGGGGGAGCAGGAGGAGAGAACUUUUCCGUGGAAGGGGGGGGUGUGGGUGGCUCUGCAGUGUGGGGCCCUGGAUCUCCCUAUGGCGAGGAUGUGGGAUCAGCUGGAGCCUGGGCUGGUGCAGGAGCUGGUGGGAGGUUGGGAGGGGAUGGAAGGGAUUCAUUCCUUGGUAAAGGAGGUGUGGGAGGUGGUGGUGGACCAGGUGGUGAAUAUGGAAAGGGCAUUGCCAGUGAUGGCAGAGGAUCAGGGAACCAAGGUUCACUUGGUGACAGAGGGUCACUGUCAGGUCAAGGAGAUGUCUGGGGUGAGGGCAGAGAUUUAGGACAGUUGGGCUCCCUUUAUGGCAGAGAUUCCGCCUUUGGAGGGGCAGGGAGCAAAUCCUGGAACAGACCUGUUGAUGGGAGCAGUUCAGGUGGUUUUGGUCAAGGUCCACCCAGUCAUGACCAGAUGUCAGCUCUUUUUGGUGGGCUUGCCCCAGCAAGCAAGAGAAACGAGGAACCUGACCUGGAUGUUAAAGCAAAGGAUCUCCCGACCAACACAGAAAGUACAGCCCAGAAGAGACGGUCCUGCCUGGAUGAUCUCAAAGUCCCUCGGUGUUACCUCAACAAGCAGCUGGCCACAGUCCGGGUGGUGAAGGGGGAACCAGCCGAGCUCUCCUGCACCGUCAGCAAAGAUGACGUGACAGGAACCUGGUUUAAAGACGGGCUGAAGUUGACAAGCAUGCAAGGAGUUGUGUUUGAAAAGAAAGGUCUAGUCCACAAACUAAUUAUUAACAAAGCUGAAGACAUUCAUGCUGGGAAAUACAGGUUUGAAGGUGGAGAUGUGAAAACUGAGGCUUCAAUUUUUGUUGAAGACCCUCCACAGGUUGACAAAGUUCUCCUCAAGAACCUGAGCAGUGUCCCCACGGUGGCCAAGGCCGGGCAGGCAGUGAAGCUCAGGAUCCCCUUCGAGGGCCGUCUGCCCAUCAGGGCCACGUGGCUCAAGGACAAGAUGGAGCUGGCAGAUGACACCAGGAUCCGUGUGGAUAAAACAGACACCCACACCACGCUGUCCAUCCCCAGCUGCGACAGGAGGGACUGUGGGGAUUACAAGGUCAGGCUGAAGAACGACAGCGGAGUCCUGGAGAUCAACUUAAAGCUCAUGGUCAUAGACAAGCCACAACCACCAGCAGGACCCAUCAAAAUCGUGGAGAGCUCUGCCAAUGCCAUCACCAUCCAGUGGCAGCCCCCGAAGGACGAUGGGGGCAAACCAGUGCAGAGGUACCUCGUGGAGAGACAGCAGGCGGGCAAGAACGACUGGGAGACCUUGGGAGACACCCCCAGGAGCUGCACCACCUUCACCACCAACAAGGUGGAAGAAGACGCAAGCUACUACUUCAGGGUGAGGGCCGUGAACGUGGAGGGGACGAGUGACGCGCUGGAGUCGGGCGAAGUGAAGGCAGCUGGCAAAGCUUCCCCUGGUGCCCCAGAUCCCCCUGAGAUUGUCAGUGCCAGCAGGGACACCGUCACAAUAUCCUGGAAAGCACCUCGUAAAACUGGCACUUCCCAAAUCGUGGGAUACAUCGUUCAGAAACGCAAGAAGGGCACCAUGACCUGGCUGCCAGUCACCAAUGGGCCUGUGAAAGACAAGAAGCUGAAGGUGACCAACCUCAAGAAGGGUGUGCAGUACGAGUUUCGGGUGGCAGCUGUCAAUGCUGCUGGCACAGGAGAUGCCAGCGACCCCUCCCCGCCCGUCUUUGCCCAGGACCCCACGAAAUCCCCGGGCCAAGUGCAGGAGCUCAGAGUGAGCAGCUGUGACAGCACCAGCGUCACUCUGACGUGGAACAGGCCCGAGGUCAAGGACGGGAACGAAGUGAAGGGCUACGAGGUGGAGAUGAGGCCUUCCCACAGCUCCAGCUGGACCAAGUGCCUCACCCUCCCUGCAGAGGCCACCACGGGCACCAUCAAGGGCCUGCAGCCCAAGGAGAAGUAUUUUCUGCGUGUGAGGGCCCUCAACGACAGCGGCCCCGGGGAGGUCGCGGAGCUCGAGGCCGUCGCGGAGGCCGCGGCCCCGGCGGUUCCCCCCAGGUUACUGAUCGACGACACGGUGAAAAACCUCCUGGUGGUAAGAGCAGGAAGCCCCAUCCGGGUGAAUAUUCCCUUCGAGGGCUCUCCCGAGCCGGCGGUGCUCUGGUUGAAGGAUGGGCUCCCCCUUCCCGACCGGGCUGCCAUAAAAACCCAGGAUGGAUCCACCCGGCUGCUGAUCGGGGCUGCUGAGCUCGGGGACAGCGGCUGCUACAGCGUGGAACUGCUCAACGGGCUGGGCAAGAGAGAGACCUUCAGCUUCCAGGUGCAAAUCACAGACAUCCCACAGCCUCCUGGACCACUGAGGUUGGAAGAGAAUGUGCCCAACACAGUGACAGUGACCUGGGAACCGUCAGCAUCUGAGAAGUGGGAGAAGAACCUCUACUACACUGUCCUGAAACGGGAGUCCCAGAAGGGCGUGUGGCGCGUGGUGGGGGACCUGCUCUACAACAACAAGUUCACGUUCACCAGCGUGAUCCCAGGCAGGGAUUAUUACUUCAGGGUGGUGGCCAAGAACAGCCUGGGAGCCAGUGCUCCAUCUGAAACCGUGCAGCCUUGGAGGAUUCGAAAAGCAAAGGCUGAGAUCUGGGUCAGACCCCAGAGGUACAGGGGAGUCAACCAAAACCAGCACCCGAGGUUCCUCGUCCCGCUGAAGCCCCACGUGGUGGUGACAGGCAGUGAGUGUCACAUGAGCUGUGCAGUGGGGGGCCACCCCCCCCCAAAAGUCACCUGGUACAAAGACAACAGAGACCUCUCCAAGGAUCCAAACUACUUCUGCACAAACGACUUUGGAGUCUGCUCCCUGGUCAUCCUGGGGGUCACCAAGCAGGACGCAGGAGAAUACAUGGUGGAAGCCUCCAAUGAAGUGGGUCGUGUCUCCAGCAGAGCCUUCCUCGCCAUCAAAGACUCCGCCCUGUAGCUUGACCCUGCCGAGAACAUCCCUGCCCUGCUCUGUGGAUGAGAAGGUUUCAGUGAGGACUGGUCCAUCCUAAGCCUGUGCAUUUAUUUUCAGAUGUUCACUGGAGCCCAAGGGAUUUAUUUUUCACACCCAGUAAUUGCAUUUUGAACACGACACUGCAUUUUAGUCAAAAUCAGGGGGAAAAUGUUUCAAAAGAAUUGUAUUUUUAUUUUUGUAAUGAUCAUGGCUUUCCACUAAACCUUUAAAACACACAUUAGAAGCUUUGGGAACACAGAAGAUGAGAGGAAAAAUAGUUGGCCAAAAUGAAACUUUCCAUGGAGAGCACAGGCAGCAGAGACCAUCCCAGCACAGCCCUCACCUGCUGUCAGGCUGCAACAGGGACAUUUCUGGCCACCAGAGAUCUCUGGAGUUGGCCUUUCCCAUGUGGUUUUCUAAGCCAAAACAACCCCUUUGGAUUCCACUGGAUUCUCAGCAGGUCUCCUAACUCUGGGAAAAGCAUGUCUUGCCCUGCCAGUAGCAGCUCAGUAUGUUGUU